AUGUUCGCGCUUUCCCUAAAAGAGUCCAGGCAUUUCCUCUCGAGCACCGCUACUCAACUCACCGGGAGCCUAUGGCUUAUAGUCUUGGACACCUUGGAACAAAUGUUCACUUCCAUGCUUUAUCCCCUCGUCUGCCUGAUAACUGUGUUUCCCGAGACGGUUGACACCGGCAGUUCAGACCUAUCCGUUCGCCUCUGCCCCAUCCGUCAUGCUGACAACAUCCGCCUCCGCCAAAUCGCCUCUAGCCUUCUGCAAGAACCGGUUCCCGACUUCCUUCAGUCCGUAGGUCUAAGUCAAUCGCCUGGUUACUCGACGCAUUCAGACCUUGGCACCUCACUGGCGACGCCAGACGCGACCCCUUCCGCACCGCCCAGCCAGGUUCCCAAGACCUUAGAUGGACCGGCCUCUCUUCCGUCCUACUCGGAGCCCGCGACCUCGAGCGCCUUGGGCGGGCCGGUCAAGCGGCUCAUCUGCCCGGGUCUGCCUGGAAGGCGGAGCACACCUAGCCACACAACCGCACUUGGGCAUGAGGAUGGGCGAGGCAGAAGCGGCUUGGCAUCCACGACAGCUGGCCCUCAGACUGACCGUACAGAGCCGGCAGUCGGCCUCGGGAUUACGCUUCGCCGAGCCUCUAUCCCGGAACAGACGACUCAUCUUCUCCGCCAACUGGGGCUGCCGCCUCGCGGAGCCCAUUUGGCCAGAGGCAGAGGCUUACCUCAACUACAGCAAAAUCUUGUCCCAUCCUGCCGUAUAGAACCGCAGCUUUCGACCAAGACAUCUACUAUCAUGACGACCGAGCUGUCACCUACUGUGGACUCUUCUGAUUGUUCUCCUUCGGAGUAUUUGGAGCAGUUCGGGUCGGAUCUCGUGGUCUCCAUUUUCUCCGGUCAACAAUCUGGUUCUCACUUGCUAGAAAGGUAG